AUGAGGCAGCCCAAAGGAUUCGAGGAUCCCGCCUAUUCGAAUCACGUAUGCCUUCUACGGAAAGCAUUAUUUGGCCUCAAACAAGCUCUGAGGCAAUGGUAUACAACGUUCUGCAAUCAUCUCUUUAGUCUUGGAUUCUCUCCGAGCAAGGCAGACCCAUCUCUUCUCAUAUUUCACCAAGGUCACACCAAAAUGUUCUUACUCAUAUACGUGGAUGAUAUACUCAUCACCGACAACAACAAAGAUGCCAUCUCCACGUUUCUUCAUCAACUCAAUCAAACUUUCGCGCUAAAACACCUUGGCUCUGCAAACCACUUCCUCGGCAUACGAAUCCAACAUAAGCAAGAUAAGUACUUUAUGUCACAAGAAUCGUAUGCUAUAUCCAUCAUUCAACAAGCUAAUCUCAUUAACUGCAACUCCGCAGCAAAUCCUUCCUGCACCAAACUCCAAGUCGACAUUGCAAUGGAGUCAGCUACGUUGUCUGAUCCUAUGACCUAUCAGAAGAUCACCGGCGCGUUGCAAUAUCUCACUAUUACUCACCCGGAUAUUGCAUACGCUGUCAAUACUUUAUCUCAGCAUAUGCACGCUCCACAAUCAGAUCACAACUUUCUCCUCAAGCGCCUCAUCCGGUACAUCAAAGGAACAACGAACUUUGGUCUUCCGAUCAACAAAUCAGAUCUCCAUCUCACCACCUACUCCGACGGCGACUGGGCAAGUGAUCCCAUAAACCGAAAAUCAACUUCGGGAUACUGCACCUUUCUUAGCAGCACGCUGGUGUCGUGGACAGUUAAGAAACAAACAACAAUAUCCCGGUCAUCAACGGAAUCGGAGUACCGGGCUCUCGCCGCCUCAACCGCUGACACUAUAUGGCUCAAACGUCUGCUCUCCGGUUUCUUUAUUACCCCUAACGACCCUGUUGAUCUGCAUUGCGACAAUACCUCUGCCAUCGCAUUAGCGAUCAAUCCCGUGUAUCACGCGAUAACCAAGCACAUUGAGAUUGACCAUAGAUUCGUCCGGGAACACAUUAGCAACAAUCUUCUCCGACUCGUUCCAAUCAAAACCGAAGAUAAGAUAGCUGACAUAUUCACUAAGCCAUUGUCUACGCCGCGCUUCAAAAAGCUCAGGGACAAACUCACAAUCAGCUCAGAUCCGUUCGUUUGA